AUCUGCAACUCGGUUGGGCAGAACGGAUCCUGCGUGGAGCUCUAUUUGAAAUGCUCAGGUUGGCGUCAGUGACAAGCCACGCAAAUCCCGCCCAACCAGACCUAACCAGACAGGUUUCUGUCAUCAUCACGCCUCCCUUCGAACACGCGUAGUACUCGUCAACCUUCCUUUCAUCCUACUUCUGUUCCUUGCUUUCUUCAGCGUUUAAAGCGUCUCAUUGUCGUCGGUUUCUGACGCCGGCGUUCAGUGACAAAUCAUCUGUCCAGGAUUGACUUAUCCGAUUUCCUCAUUACAAUUUUCACGUCGGCUGUUGACAUUUCUUCGGAUUCAUGGUUUUCGUCGUCUGACGCUUCUCUAAGUUUCGUUUAGAUCUUCCACUACGAAAUAGUUAACGGAUUUGUUCCUUCAACUCAAGAUGCUGGGAGACGACGAUGACUGGGAUCCUGCUCUCAUGGCGGAGGCGUUGGAGCUCUUGACGAAGGUCGAGGAGGAAAAGGCCGCUAAGGAUGGCAAUCAGCAGCAGCAUCAUCAUCAGCAGCAGCAGCAGCAGCAGGCAUGGAAUCAACAUCUACCACUGGCGCAGCAGAAUCAGCAGCAUCUGCAACAGCAGCAACAGAACCAGCAGCAGCAGCAGCCGCAGCAGAAUCAGCAUCCUCAACAGCAGCAACGGAACCAGUAUCCACAGCAGCAGCAACAGAAUCAGCAGCAACAACAUUGGCAACAGAACCAGCAUCAGCAACAGCAUCAUCAGGCGCAGCCGUAUCAGCAGCAACACCACAACGUUCAGCCCUAUCAUCAGGAUCAAAAGCAGCAGCAACCCUUGCAAUUUCAGCAGCAGCAGCAGCAUCAGGAGCGGAAGCAGCAGCUACCGAUGAUGCAACGGCAUGCUCCUGCUUUUGGGAAUCGUAAUCAAGGCCUGCCAGCUACACACUCCCUCCCUGGCCCACAGCCGAGCCUGUCUUCCGGAGCUGCACCUUCCAGGCCUGCUUCACUGGCUCGGACCAACCCUCCAGCUCCACCACCAGCCAUCUACGGACGAGCAAAGGGCGAUCACAGGUUCGGUGCCCUUUUCCCAGCAGCAGGCUUCGCUGCAUCCCCCAUCGCACCUCCUCCUGCCACUGUCGCAUCAGCCGCUCCUGUCCCCCCACCAACGCCUCCUUCGCCCCUGCCGGCCUCGGCUAUCCCUCCCCCUGGUGCUCCUGCUGCUGCUGCCACUCUUGCUCCUCGUCCCGCCCCCCAUAAUGUUGCUGGUUACCAAGAGAGGAACUUCCAGGAGCCAGGGAGUAGCCAUGCCAACGGAAAUCUCGAGAAGAGGAAGGAGCCAGACCUCAAGCCGGCCUUCCAGGAGCCGCAGAUGAAUCAACCGUACCGAGGUGCACAGUUUCAGGGCGGCCAAGGCAUGGGUGAACAGUACCAAGGCGGAGAGAACCGGAGUGAACAGUGCCAUGGGGAUGAAGGUGGGGAGGGGGAGGCGGCAAGGACUCUGAGGGAGAGGCUGAGAGAGAAGGACGAAGCGAUGGAGGAUUUGCUGGCAAGGCUGCGAGAGGCAGAGGAACAGCUGGGGCACCUUCACCAGCGAGAUUCUGAAGCUGCUGCCGCUGUUCCAGGUCAAGAAAAGCCCCAGAUGGAUGUCAAAGACCUUGAGAUCGAGCGACUCACAGCUGAGCUCAUGUUCAAGGAAGAGGAGAUGGAUGCUGUGCGCAAGCAACGGGAGGAGAAGGAGCAAAGGUUGCAGGCAGCAGAGGCAGAGGCGAGGGAGCUGAAGGAGAAGAUGGCAACGGUUGAGAAAGAGAGGGAACGAGGUAGGCAGGAGGCACGCCUUGAGAUUUGUGAUCUGCCCAAUGGGAAGGAUGCAAAGGACGUGGCAGGAGAUGCAGGCAAUACAGGGAGUGCAGGCAAAGUGCCACGCCUUGCUGCUGCUGGCAUGGCUGCUGCUGCUUCUGAAGCAGCUGCUGGUGCUACUCCUCCUACUGAUCCUGGUGCUGGUGUUGGUGCCGCUGCUGGCACUGCCAAUGUCACUGCGGUUGGUGCUGCUGCUGGUGCCUCUAGUGCCGUUGCUGCAGCAGGCUCGGACCCUGACAUGGCGUGCUUGCACGAUGCCUUGCAGAGAGUGUGGACCGGCCGUUUUUUCUCCCCAUCUCCCACCUCGCACUUAACUAAGUGCGACGGAGUUAUCAGUUACACAAUGGCGAGCAUGGGAGGGGGACUGGAGAAGAGGCAGGAGGAGCGAGUGCAGGAGAAGAAGGAGGAUGGAGGGAGGCAAGUGAGGGGAAGGCAGCAGGGGAAUGCUGACGUGGAAGCAAUGGAGGUUGACAGGGAUGGGGCAGGUGCUGACUCAGCGCUUGACCUCAGUGACUCAGCGCACAGAUUUGAUGACUCACGACCCAUGAUGCGUGACUCAGCAGAGCACAGCCGCUUUGUAGCAUCUCAGCUGGUAGCCCACUGCAGUCGUGACUUCCUCCCCCUGGUUGCAUGCCCUGCCACAGUCGACCAGCUCCCGCUGUUAGUAAGGCCCACUGCAACACAUGACGGCCAGGUGCUCAGCCGUGCCACUUCACCUCUUCUUUCUUUCGAUGCAGCAUGGGAAUCUACGCUUCUUACAGUACAUAAUCGUGGAGUAGAGGGGCAGGAUUAUGGAGUGGUGCGCAUUCGGGAAUCGGAGGGGCAGAACUGCAGAGUGGGCAUGGAUGUGCGAUGCGCGAAUGUGCAGCGACGAUUACAAGAUGGCUUUUCAAAUCUUCUGAUUGGCACAAGCUCGCCCCGCCACUUCUUCUCUACCCUCCUUCAUUUCGCCUGCACACUAGCGCCUAUCUCCCAGUCAUAUCGCCUGCAGGCGUGGCAAGCCGUCUCUGUUCUGCUUCGAGUAGACCAUGCCUGCCGCUCUCUUCUGCUCUCUGGUGCUGCUGCCUCCUCUGCUGCCGCGGCUGCUGCUGCUUAUCCUGCUUCUCCUGCUACUGCUGCUGCUGUUGCUGCUCCUGCUCCUGCUGUACCUGCUGCUGCGGCCGAUGUUCCUCAGGGCGAAACAGGAGGCUUGAAACGGAUCAGGAGAGGGAGAGGAGGGAAGGGAGGGAAGACGAAUGUUGACACUGAUAUGGCCGAUGCAGGUGGUGAUGGCGGCGCUGCUGUAGCUGGUGGCGGAGCUGGUGAUGGCAGUGGUAGAGGUGGUGGUGGUGGUGGUGGUGGUGGUGGUGGUGGUGGUGGUGGUGGUGGCGGAGCUGGUGAUGGCAGUGGUAGAGGUGGUGGCGGUGGUGGAGAGGGGAGAACACCAGAGGAGAUUGAACAGGAGACGAUGGAACAGUGCUGGGGCGUUAGGGAGUGGCGUUUGGUACUUGCCGUUGCUUUUCCUUUGGAGGUAGCUCUGCCACCGGGACAACCACUACCAGCAGCAGCAUCUGCAGCAGCAGGAGCACCUUUGUCUCCAGCAGAAGCACCAUCAGCAGCAGGCGUGGCAGCAGCAGGCGUGGCAGCAGCAGGUGUGGUAGCCUCAGCACUAUCCGCCCUUCGGACCAUAGUGGCUUCUACCGCCCCUCUCACAGACCGCCACGUGUCCUUCUCCCACUUGUUGCCACGGCUCCUGUCGUUGCUGGCAGCAUGGGAAGCGGGCAAAUUGAAGGGUGACUAUAACGAGAGAGUGAGGGUGAUAGGGGCUAUAGUCAAGCUUCUUCUGCUGCUGCUCCUCCCCAUCCCGUCACAACUGCUAGAUAAGCACAUCCUGCUGCAGUCUCCACUUCUACAGCCCCUCUCUCCAGGGCACGAACCCCCCGUUACAGUCACAACUUCUGGAACACUGAGUGAUAAGCACACAGCAGCGGGGGUCGCGGGGGUGUCUGCUGGUGCAUUUGCCGAGCUACUGCUAGACGCCCUGUGCUCCCUCCUACACUCAACUGCAUCUCAAGUUCGUACCAUACAGGUCAGUAGCAUGCAGAAUCGGACUGGGUGGGGCUCCAGGCAAUUUAACGCUGGGAGGCUGGGGAGCAGGGGAGUGGUGAUGGGAUACAAGAGUGCGUGUGGUGUGCUCGAGGUGCUGGGGUUGCUGUGUGAGUGGGUGGCUGGCAAAGGGAUGGAGGAGGGACGUGGUUUGUCGGGAGCCCAAACGGGGGAACUAGGUUCGGGUGCAGGGUCGGGUGCCGGGUCACUAGGUUCGGUGGGGAAGGAAGAGGGUGGGGGGAAAGAGGGAGUGGAGCAGGGUGGGAAGCAGAGGGAGCCGCAAAAGCAAGAGACGCAGCAGAAUGGGAAGGGGCAGGGAGUGGCAGAAGGGCAGGAGCAGCAGAGGAUGGAUGUAGAUGUGGAUAAUGCAGCUGGUGCUGCUGCUGCUGCUGGUACAACCAGUGCUGCUGCUGCCAGUGCUGGGUUGGAUAAGAGGAAUGGAAGUGGAGUGUUGGAGGGUGUAUGGGAAGUGAUGGCCCUCGUGCUGCCUCGCCUGUUCGACCUUUUGGCUGGUGAGAUAGGGAGGGCGGGAGAGGUGGCUGGGAGGGAAGGCGUGCAGAGGGAACGACAGGAGAGGGAGGAAAGUGAGAGACGGGAGGUUUACAGGGUUAGGCGAGAGAUGCAAGGAGGAGCGGCAGAGGCAAAUAAGAGAGAUAUUCUCUCUCGUGGCAGAGCCACAAGGUCUUCUAUUCCAGCCGAUGUGGGUCCAGUGGAGAGAGACGAGGGGAUGCAGGGAGUGGUGGGACUCGGAACAGUGGCGAUUCAGCAAGUGAUGCCGAUGCGGGUUUGGGUCGUUGGAGGCUUGGUUCGGGCGCAGGUUCAGGUGAUUGCAGGCCUGGUUCGGCUGCUUCGGGAUGUGCUGGUGCAUGCUGCUUCGCUCCCGGUCCUUGCUUCCCCUCGCUCCUCCCCACGUCUCCAAAGUGGUGGUGGUUCUGGUUCCAGUGGUGAAGCUGGUGGUAGUUAUGCUGCUGGUGCUAGUGCUGCAGGGGCGGCUGCUGCUGCUGCUGCUGCUGCUACUGUCAUUGCUGCUGGUGCUGAUGAUGCUGGUGCUGCUGAUGGCGCUGGUGGUGUUGGUGGUGUGAACGGGCAGCAAGCAGCAGAGGUAGCUGGUGGUAGGGGUGACUUAGUCCUGAAUCGAGACGAUGGGAGCUUCGGAGCAACAACAGCGAUGCUAGAAACAAUGACAACAAGGCUAGCUUCUUUUGGGGGUCCCCAUGCUCUGCUGCAGCAUUGCUGCCAGCAGUGCGUCCUACUCAGCAUCGCACUUGCUGAGGUGGCAGAUAGGGCCGCCGAUGCCAGCUGGUGGCAUGCUGACGUGUCAGCAAUCGGCGCUGAAUCACUCAAGGAUGCUGACAUGGACGGAAGCAGAGGUGCUUGGGAUGAUAACAGCGAUGACGAGGACGAAGGAGACGAUGCUUUCGGGUUGGAAGCUUCUCGGAAGGUCGGUGUGGGAAACCGGGAGGGAGGGGGGUGGAGUGAUGUGUGUGAGGCGGUUGCAGCAGCGGCUGAGUCGCUGAGAGGAAUCGUGGAGUGAGGCAGACAGCAGGGGGAUGGGUGACGGAUGGGAAAUGGAGGGGUGGCGCAGAUGGGAGGGGUGAAGCAUAGACAUGGAGGUCGCUGUGAUAUGUUGGCAGCAGCAGCUGAUUUGCUGAGAGAUAUUGUGGAGUCGAGCAGAUAUCAGAGGGGAGGAGAUGGAGGGGUGGCGCAGGUGGGAGGGGCGAGGCAUGAGGGUUGGGUGGUCUGUGUGUGUUGUUGGCAGCAGCAGCAGCUGAGUCGCUGCGAGGAAUCCUGGAGUGAAGCACGUGAUUUAAGCUCAUUCGUGGAAUGAGGAGCAGCAACAGGUUUCAAUUGUUUGGUUUGAAGACACUGCGGCCUCCUCAGCUGACACGGCUCGUCUGUUGCGCUGGGAUGGGAUGGUUGAUAGUUUUCAUUGUUCUAAUCCCGACUGAUUAGUUUCAGUGAGCAGUCUGCUUUUGAGGCGGCUUGAUAAGAGCAGCACAUGUAUGAUGUGGUAUCUGUAUGACAUCUUCAGGACCAAACCAUAUCACAUCUCCAUGGACAUCUCGCAU